GGUGGUGUCAGCGGUUUGCUGCCGACGGUGCUCCUCCCCCCGACCCACGCACGGAAUCGCUCACCAUUCAGAGAUCCAGACGCCUGCUUGCACGCGCCACCCCUGGGAGGGCGGUGCUGCUCAGGCUCGUCCUUUUUCAACCCCGGGACCCGGCCGCUGCCCCGCCUCGUAUUUGUGCGGCGCCUGCUGGCGCGGCUGACUCCGGCGCAGAGAGGCUGGGCUUGUAGGCGCACCAGCUUCGGAGGUCGAGCUGGACUGAGAGUGGAGACUGGCGGCGACGCGGCUGGGGCUAUGCUGGGCAAGGAUUACAUGCUGGCCAUCAUUCUGGUCAACUGCGAUGAUGACUUGUGGGGGGACCAGAGUCUGGAGGGGGAGCCAGGCCUGCCCCCUGGCUGGAGGAAGAUCCACGAUGCUGCCGGUACUUAUUAUUGGCAUGUACCCAGCGGUAGCACCCAGUGGCAGCGCCCAACCUGGGAGCCAGGAGAUGCAGAGGACCCAGGCAAGAGGACAGAAGGGAUUUGGGGACUUCGGCCCCCCAAGGGGAGAUCCUUCUCCAGCCUGGAGAGCUCACUGGAUCAGAGUAACUCUUUGUCCUGGUAUGGUGAGGAAUCCUACAUCCAGAGCAUGGAGCCAGGGGCUAAGUGCUUUGCAGUCCGCUCUCUGGGCUGGGUAGAGGUACCCGAAGAGGACCUGGUACCAGGGAAGAGCAGUAUUGCAGUAAAUAACUGCAUCCAGCAGCUGGCCCAGACCCGCAGCCGGAGCCAACCCCCAGAUGGUGCCUGGGGCGAGGGCCAAAACAUGCUGAUGAUCCUGAAGAAGGAUGCCAUGAGUCUGGUGAAUCCCCUGGACCACAGUCUGAUCCACUGCCAGCCCCUGGUGCACAUCCGUGUAUGGGGUGUGGGCAGCUCCAAGGGCCGUGACAGGGACUUCGCUUUUGUGGCGGGUGACAAAGACAGCUGUAUGCUCAAGUGCCAUGUGUUUCGCUGUGACGUCCCUGCCAAGGCCAUUGCCAGUGCCCUACACGGGCUCUGUGCUCAGAUCUUGUCAGAGCGAGUAAGGGUCAGUGGUGAUUCUCCUUGCUGUUCCCUCGACCCCAUCUCCCCUGAAGACCUGCCACGGCAAGCGGAGCUGCUGGAUGCGGUGAGCCAGGCUGCUCAGAAGUACGAGGCACUGUACAUGGGGACUCUGCCAGUCACCAAAGCCAUGGGCAUGGAUGUGCUGAACGAGGCCAUUGGUAUCCUCACCACCCGGGGAGACCGGGAUGCCUGGGUCCCUGCCAUGCUCAGUGUGUCUGACUCUCUCAUGACUGCACAUCCCAUUCAGGCAGAGGCCGGUGCAGAGGAGGAGCCACUGUGGCAGUGCCCUGUGCGCCUUGUGACCUUUAUUGGUGUUGGCCGCGACCCACACACCUUUGGCCUCAUUGCUGAUCUGGGCCGUCAGAGCUUCCAGUGCGCGGCCUUCUGGUGCCAGCCCCAUGCAGGCGGACUCUCUGAAGCUGUGCAGGCUGCUUGCAUGUUGGAGAUUUCGAGUCCCUUAGGGAGUGGGUGCGGGAUCCCCGCACCGCUCUCGGCUUUUUCGAACAACGGUCCAACCAGGAAGGCUCCAAGCAACCAGCUGGGGCGGGGCGCCCCGAAGCAACUACGGUUGGCGGCCGCUCCGGAAGUGACGCGCUGCCCCGCUGGCCGUGCGGAAGCGGAGAUGGCGGAGCUGUACGUGAAGCCGGGCAACAAGGAGCGCGGCUGGAACGACCCGCCGCAGUUUUCCUACGGGCUGCAGACCCAGGCCGGCGGACCCAAGCGCACUCCGCUCACCAAGAGGGUCGCCGCACCCCCGGAUGGAGCCCCCAGAGUCCCCACCUCAGAGACUUCUCCUGGGGUCCCCCCACUGGGGCCUCCACCUCCUUCAAGUAAGGCUUCCGGGCCCCCACCUGUGGGGAGCUAUCCUGCCUCCAGUGUGGAGCCCACAGAGUCACCAGUCAUUGAGUGUGAGGCUCUGCUGGAAGACGUGCUGAAACCUUUGGAACAGGCAUUGGAGGACUGCCGUGGCCACACAAAGAAGCAAGUAUGUGAUGACAUCAGCCGACGCCUGGCUCUGCUGCAGGAACAGUGGGCUGGAGGGAAGCUGUCAACACCUGUAAAGAACAGGAUGGCUCUGCUGGUGCUAGAGCUUUCAAGGCACCAGUGGGACGCAGCAGAUGACAUUCACCGCUCGCUCAUGGUUGACCACGUGACUGAAGUCAGCCAGUGGAUGGUGGGAGUUAAAAGAUUAAUUGCAGAAAAGAGGAGUCUGUCUUCAGAGAAGGAGACCGAUGAAGAGACAUCCAGAGCUGAGGAGACCCAGACUGUACCAGACGUGCAACAGACUCCAUAAUCCUUUGGGUUCCCCAGACUCGCCUCACACUAUCUGCUAUGCCUUGGCAUGGGAGGCCUUCUCUCACUUGGCUCCCCCUUACCACUUGGGAGACUCUGCCCGAUUGGGGUCCCUGGCCUGACUCACCUCUGGGGGAAAAGGUCCCACCUGGGUCACAAGGAGGUCACUUGUUACCCAUAACAUGCAUUUCAAUAAAAUCUCACUGGUGGGCCCUGGGUAGAUGAGGCCUCCUUAUGCCA